GAAGUAGAAAAGAAAUUUAGUUCAGUGAAGAGCGCUUAUAAAAUUGGUAUUCUACAAUGAAUCACCGGUCGAAUUCGCACUUAUGGCUGCUUGUCUCCAUUGUCCUUAGUGGAGUUUGUCUGGGAAACGCUCAAGUGCCUUUCCCCGGCAAGUGCCCUGAUGUCCAACUCUUGGACAGCUUCGAUGCCGAAGCGUACAUGGGCAUCUGGUACGAGUACUCCGCGUAUCCCAACACUUUUGAGCUCGGACAGGAAUGCGUCUACGCCAACUAUAGUAUCGUUGACAGUAGCACCGUUUCCGUGGUGAAUGGUGGUAUCAGCGGAGUGACUGGUCAAGCCACGAACGCAACUGCAAUUGCUAAGGUCCUUGGACCUGGUCAGCUGGCCGUGGCCUUUUACGAAGGACAGUCCCUAACGAACGCCAACUACUUGGUCUUGGGCACCGAUUAUGAGUCGUAUGCCGUUGUCUACAGCUGCACCAGUAUUACUCAGUGGGCAAACAUCAAAUUCGCCUGGAUCCUGACUCGUGAGCGUCAGCCUUCUGCAGAGACAAUUGAUGUGGCCAAGAAGAUCUUGGACGACAACAAGGUUUCCCAGGAAUACCUCAGCAAAACAGUGCAACAGAACUGUCCACAGUUGUAGAGGAAUCGCUCUGGGUUGAAUAACUUUGCUACUACUGUGGUGCAAUGUCUUCCAAAAACCAUGCGAAUUUCUUUAGCGCUUUUACAUGAUGUUUAAGUUACUAAAUGUUUUGUUAUUGAAGUGUACAUGCAUCGAUAGGUAAUUGUUCUUUUAUGUAUCAAUUAUAAAUAUUUGUUUUACCAAGAAUAAAAACAAAAAUCGAUGGAGCUGAAA